CAUUUUUGAUCAGGUUUUUUUGAUGUUUUACAAUUCUUGAAAUUAUUUUGACCAUUUAGUUGAUCAUUUAGCUAAUUGGUUAAUAUUAUCAUCAUAAUCUCUUUAAAUGAAAAUCAAGAAAAAAAUGUCAUCAAAUAAAGUUUUCAAAUACGAAAAUUCAGCAGCUAUAAUCAUCUUGAAAUGGAAAGUAAAACCUGGAUUCGCGGUGAAUCAAGUUCCAUUCGUUUUGUUCACAUACCGUGAAAACCAGAUUGAUGAAGAUAAUGACAGGCAACGACAACAACAAUCACAAAAUGCUGAACAAAAAUUCAAAAUCACAAAAAGUGGAAUCAUAAUCAAAAAACUUUUGAAACAAAAUGGUGAUCAUGUUGAAACAAAUGACCAAUUAUUUGAAUAUGAAUCAUGUUCACAUCCAACUUUGAUGAAAGAUCUUUGCGCUGUUUGCGGUGUCAACAUCAGUAAAUUUGAUUCAGUUGAACAGCGAAAGAUAGCUGAAAAUACUAAUGUUUCGAUGGUCCAUUCUAUACCUGAACUGCGAGUUAGCAAAGAGAUUGCAGAGGAUUUAGGCCGUGCCGAUGAAGAACGUUUGUUGAAAUAUCGUAAACUUGUAUUGUUAGUUGAUCUUGAUCAAACAAUCGUUCAUUCGACUAAUCAAAACAUACCGAAUGAUCUCAGUGAUGAAAUUUUUCAUUAUCAAUUGUACGGAACAAAUUCACCGUGGUAUCAUACCAAGUUCAGGCCAUAUAUGAACGAAUUCUUGGAAGAAAUUUCGAAAUAUUAUGAACUUCAUAUUUGCACAUUUGGUGCUCGACGUUACGCUCAUCAAAUUGCCCAUUUGAUUGAUCCAAAAUGUAAAUUCUUUCCUAAAGAUCGAAUUUUAUCACGGGAUGAAUUUUUUGAUCCACGAUCCAAGACUGGAAAUAUGAAAUCGCUGUUUCCAUGUGGUGAUUCAAUGGUUUGCAUUAUUGAUGAUCGUAUAGAUGUUUGGAACUAUUCACCAAAUGUUGUUCAAGUCAAGCCAUAUAUCUGUUUCAAAACUGACGACAUUAAUGCGCCGGAAAAAUUAAACAUUGGAUUCGAAAGCCAACUAUCGAAAAUUUAUGAUCAAGAAAAUGACAGUAAUCAAGAAGUUGAGAAACAAAAAGAUGAAAUAGAUACAUUAAUAGUUACAGAGGAAGAAAAAUUGAAAAAUGAAAUUGAUGAAGAAAAGAAAGCAUCCAAAGAAUCCAAUGAAGAAAACAAGGAAUCAAAGACUAAUUUGAAAGACAAAUCCGUCGAUGAAAUAGAUUCAUUAAAAAAGGAAUAUGAAAACCUCCUUGAUGAUCAAGAUGAUUACCUUUUAUACCUCAAAAGUGUUUUAAUUAAGAUACAUCAAAAGUUUUAUGGAGAAUAUGAUGAAAAGAUUAAAUAUCGAUGUGAAGGAGAAGAAAUUCUUAUACCUGACCUCAAAAAAAUUAUUCCAAGCGUACGACGAACAGUUCUACAUUCGGUUAAUAUCGUAUUUAGCGGUGUAAUAGCGACCAACACGUCACCUAGUUUAAAUCGUUAUUAUCGACUAGCUGAAUCUCUUGGAGCUAUUGUAACAAAUGAUAUCAUUGCAAAUGGAUCGCCAAAAACAACACAUUUGAUUGCGGCAAAAUGGGGAACAGUAAAAGUGAAUAAAUGUCUCAGAUACAAAUAUAUUAAAAUUGUCACACCAGAAUGGCUCAUAGCUUGUGCUGAUCGAUGGGAAAAAGUUGAUGAAGAAUUGUAUUUGCUUACCAAAGAUACUGUAUACAAUGUUAAUGAAAAGACUGAUAUCAAAAAAGUUCAUUAUGAAUCGUUUCGUGAAGCAUUAAAUCAAUCACCUUCAACAUCAAAAGAAUCGACUUCGGAUUCUGCAACAAUGUUGGAUCUAUCACCAUUAUCUAAUUUUAGUAUGAACGAUCUCGAUGACAUGGGUAAAGAAGUAGAGGAUGCUUGCAGUGAAAGUGGGGCCGAAAGCAGUAAUGACGAACAUGAUGAAGAUGAUGAUGACGAUGAUGAUGAUGGUGACAAUGAAAAAACAAAAAAGUAUUUGCCCAAGAAAGUCAACUAUAUGGACGAUGAAGAAGAAAGCAUGAAUGAUUAUGCUUAUGAAGGUGAAUAUCCCAAGGGUUGGAAAGAUGAGAAAAACGAAAAACGUGGCUGUAAACGUCCUGUUGAUGUUUUCGAUGGCGAUGGCGAUGAUGAUGAUGAUGAGGAUGAGGAUGUAGAAGAUGAUAGGAUCGAUAAUGAGUUAGAUUUAUCCGAUUCUUCUUCCUCAACUCAAUCGAUAGGUUCUGUCGAUGAGGAAAUGGCUGCGGCAUUGGAAAAAGAAUUUUUCAAUUCAUAAUUUACAUGAAAAAAAUUUAAUGACUUUUUUCACACUUGAUCAUUGAAAUA